AUGCGUAAGUAUCAUCUCCUCUGGUCUCCAAAGCCAGAUCCAACCGAAAUCAAGGUGAUCCACCUCAGGGCCACUGGUGGUGAAGUCGGUGCCCAGUCUGCCCUCGCUCCCAAGAUUGGUCCUCUCGGUCUUUCUCCCAAGAAGAUCGGUGAAGAUAUUGCGAAGGCCACCGGUGACUGGAAAGGUCUCCGUGUCACCGUCAAGCUUGUCAUUCAGAACCGUCAGGCUACCAUCUCUGUCGUUCCUUCUGCUUCCUCUCUGGUCAUCAAGGCCCUGAAGGAGCCUCCACGUGACCGCAAGAAGGACAAGAACAUCAAGCACACCAAGUCUAUUCCUUUCGAUGAGAUUGUGGAGAUUGCCCGCAUCAUGAGACCUCGCUCUUUUGCUAAGGAGCUCCGCGGAACUGUUCUUGAGAUUUUGGGUACUGCUUUCAGCGUUGGUUGCCAGGUCGAUGGACGCAGUCCUAAGGACGUUAGCGACGAUGUCAAGUCUGGUGAAAUUGACGUGCCCUCCGAGUAA